AUGAAAGAAAAUGAGGCUGGCCCGGUGAAGCCGGUGCUGUCGAGGAGGCUGGAUAUUUCACCCCCUCAGGCAGCCAGCGUUCCCGCAGCUGUGCAGACCGAGUCCUCAGGGAAAUUAUCCCCGAAGACCGCUGCCUCGUACAAGCCCCUCGUGCCUGCGGUGUCUUUUUAUAGCAAGGAAAAGCGAUACCUUACUCCUCUUGAGAGGAAGCAACUGAAUGAGAACCACUCUUUGGGUGAGAGGAACAGGGAUGAAAGUCUCCCAGCUGCCAGCGGGACUGAGAAGACAAACGUGAGCAGGAAUACAAGCUCGAAGCCAACCAAGCACGCAACCAACUCCAAGCAUGGCAAAACUGUCCCCAAAACGCUUAAGAAGGCAAAGGGAGAGCUACCAGCGGGAAAACCCAGUGUGGAGAAAGAGAAUGUGAACUGCCUGAUUAAAAAGAAGAUGGAUUCACCCUUCAGAGUCCUAAGCAUGACAGUUAAACCGGCCCUGAAACUCCAGAUGGGAGCAGCGUUCUUUUCUGCCAGGAAGAAAUCGCACUCUAAAAAACCAGUUGUAGAUGCUAAGUCUCUCCAGGGUCUCCCCAAAUCUCUGCAAGAAAAUGAUCAGCCCGGACCACCGCCAACUACGAAGUCCGAUUCGGCCGACAGAAACAAAGCUCUCGAGGCGGGUGGUGCACUGAGGAGUAUUUCUGUGCCUCGGAAGAAGGAAAACGAAAACGGGGAGGACUUUACAAACUGUGCGAAUCGAGAGAGCGAUUCGGCACGUGAAGGAAAAACGUCUCCGCAGCAAAGUGGUUGCGCUUCCAGGUCUGCAGCGGCGGGAGACGGCGACGCAGAGAACGUGGUAUGUAGAGGUGUCACCGGGACCCGCGCCGGCGUUCGGGUGACACGUGCAGAGCUUGCCGAGCAAGCUGCAACAUCUCCUUCAAAUGCCGUUGUCUACCCCAUAUUCAGUGCACCCCCUGCCAGCAAGAAAAGGACGCAGGCUACGCUGGAUGAACUGACUUCUCCGUUUGGGUCCAGCCCACCUGCAAAAACAUCUCACGCCUCGCAGAAAAGCAAGAAGGCGAAAGAGCUGUGCAAGCGUUCCCGGGAUCAGAUGAUCAUUGAUGCCGGUCAGAAGCAUUUUGGUGCCAUAGUUUGCAAGUCCUGCGGCAUGAUCUACACGGCCGCUAGCCCGGAGGAUGAAGCCCAGCACAUCCAGCACCACGAGAGAUUCCUCGAGGGCCUCAGAUACGUGGGUUGGAAGAAAGAACGGGUUGUGGCAGAGUUCUGGGAUGGGAAAAUUGUCCUGAUUCUUCCAAAUGACCCGAAAUAUGCCGUCAAGAAGGCAGAAGAUGUGCGAGAAAUUGUAGAUAAUGAACUGGGAUUUAAACAAGUUUCUUUGAGCUGCCCAGCCAAGACUAAAAUAUACUUGUUUGUGUCCAACGAGAAGAUGGUUGUUGGGUGCUUGGUGGCUGAAUCAAUCAAGCAGGCUUUCCGGGUGCUGUCUGAGCCGGGACCCGCUCCAUCCCCCGACCAGGACGGCCUGCAGCACCACCGGGCUUGGCGCUGCUCCACCGAGCCGGAACCCGCCGUCUGCGGUGUCAGCAGGAUCUGGGUGUUCGGCCUGAGGCGCAGGAAGGGCAUCGCCCGUCGGAUGGUGGACGUGGUCAGGAGCACCUUCAUGUACGGCGCCCACCUCGGCACCGACGAAAUCGCCUUCUCCGACCCGACGCCGGACGGCAAGCUGUUCGCAACGCGAUACUGCCAGACCCCCAACUUCCUCGUUUACAACUUCAUUUAUAACAACUGA